AUGGCGUCGCUCGAAGCGCCGACGAGGGCGCGCGCGACGGCAGACGGCGCGACAAGAGCAGCAGCAGCUGCUGCUGCGACUGCACGUGGCGGCCCGACAGACGAGUGCGAGUCCAGUUGCAGUACGACUUCUCGUCGUGCUGCGUCCAGUGGUCUCAGUAGUGUCUCGAGUGACAGUGACAGUGAGACUGACGUGAAGCUGGAGGAGAUACUGAGUGCCGUGAGCUCGACAGCCACGUCGAGCGCCUCGAAGAAGGUGUGUCUGUCCAGUGCCCAGGCGUCACUCUCGCGGAACGAAGUCAAACGAUGCAGUCGACCGGUCCCUGACUCUAGUUUCUCGACGCCUGAGAACCGACCAGAGCGACCGUCGAAGCGUCGUACCGUAUCGGGAGCUUCUUCUCCUGCGCGGAGUACGCCGUCUGUGAGCCAGUCGGACGGACUGAAGCCUUUUACACCGUCAUCGGCAGUCGAGUCGUCGAUGAAUGCGUCGCUGGUGUUUGACAUGGUCACGUCCCUGAGUACAAACGAUCCUGGAGUGGCCAUUGCUACACUUCGGAGUAUUGUGGUGCUUGGCAAGGAGUAUCCGUCGGACUUGCUCUACACGGAGCUCAUUGACCGCAUUCAGAGCCACGAAGCUGUCGCGUACAAUGACGCAGUCGCAAUCUAUGCUGCGCUCGUGUUUGUGUUUGACAAGGCGUCGGCGUGCAGCUGUGCAGCGACGUUUCCGAACCAGUGGGGGCCCUUGGCGACAGCACUCCAGGAGGUCAGCGGAAAUGGACGCGUUGGAGAAGAUGGGAAGCCCAAGAAGGACGAGAGCUGGCGUCGCAACCUGUUGGUCGUGCAGUUUUACAUUUACUGUUUUCAACAGGACGUGCAUGCGUGCCGCUCGCGGUAUACACGCGUGGAAGGGACAAACUGGGUGCACCGCACGCGGUUGUUUCUUCUGUUGCAAGGCGAUAGCGAAACUGCGUCAAGCUCAGCGAAAGCACGUGCGAGAUCACGUGCCAAGUCAGCCAAACCGCGCAACAACAAGCUGAUUUUCCUUGCCAUCGGCUGGGGACUGCAGCUCUGGAAACGUGUGUAUGACGAUGAAGGCAAAGAAGUCAAGAACAAGGACGACGCCGGGAACGGAGUGGACAACUCGUUUCUUCAGCAGGAAGGCGAGCAAACGUGUCUAGCAGUAGUGCGUCUGAUUGAGAUGCUGUACCUUUGCACGGACCAGCAAGUAAACGCACUUCAGCGCAUUCUGGCCGGUCUGGCCGAUCUCACGCGUCAGACCCGCGUGAGAUUUUCGCAAGCUCUUCAGUCCCCUGCUUUGCGGACGCAGCUGGCGACCACUAUGAUUGGACUGUCCAACAAGUCGCGAUGCAAGGAAUUGGAGUGGUAUGAGUGCAAUGCUCUCGGACGCGUGCAGCUUGCUAUGAACUCAGAUACUUCCAGCGAUGUUGCACACACGGACGGGUACUCGUGGUCUCACUUUGAUAGUUUUAUUAACUUGAAGCCGAAGAACAGCUUGACGAAGCUGCUGCAAGAGAUCUCACGCAUGCAACACCACUAA